CAAAAAGAAAAUGGGACAAAAAGGGAAAGGGAGCAGAGCCGCGGGCGCGGUGGAUGCCUUGUCCCCGGAGGAGAUGAGCAAGGAGCAGCUGGAGAAGCAUGUUGCGCGUCUCCGGGAGGAGCUGGACCGGGAACGGGAAGAGCGCAACUAUUUCCAGCUGGAGCGUGACAAGAUUCACACCUUCUGGGAGAUCACCCGCCGGCAGCUGGAGGAGAAGAGAGCAGAGCUGCGGAACAAGGACCGGGAGAUGGAGGAGGCGGAGGAGCGGCAUCAAGUGGAGAUCAAGGUUUACAAGCAGAAGGUGAAACACUUGUUGUACGAACACCAGGAAAACCUCACCGAGCUGAAGGCAGAGGGCACCCUGUCAGUGAAGCGGGCCCAGAAAGAUCACUGGGCCCAGGAGAUGGAGCUGCGGAAAGACAUGCGCUCCUUGAAAGUGGAGCUGAAGGAGCAGGAGCUGGCCAAUGAGGUGGUGGUGAAAAACAUGCGCCUGAAACAAGAGGAGGAGGUCACCCGGCUGUGCAACGACUUCGAGAGACAAGUGAAAGAGAUUGAGGCCAAGUACGCCAAGAAGACGCAAGCGCUGCGGGACGGGCUUGACUUGCGGAGGAAGACGGAGAUCCACGAGGUGGAGGAGAGGAAGAACAGCCAGAUCAGCGAGCUGAUGAGGAACCACGAGAAGGCCUUCAGGGACAUCAAGAACUACUACAAUGAUAUCACCCUCAAAAACCUGGCGCUCAUCAGCUUGCUGAAGGAGCAGAUGGAGGAGAUGAAGAAGAGAGAGAAUCACCUGGAAAAGGAGAAGGCAGACGUGCUGCUCCAGAACAAGCAGCUGAAGGAGCCCCUGCAGCAGGCCCAGGAGCAGGUGUCCGAGCUGCAGAAGAAGUUGGCCCACUACGAGAAGGACAAGGAGGCCCUGACGAACACAAAAGCCCGUCUGAAAGUCACCCAGAAGGAACUGAAGGAUCUUCAGUGGGAACACGAGGUGCUGGAGCAGAGGUUCAGUAAGGUUCAGGCCGAGCGAGACGAGCUCUAUCAGAAGUUCACCAAAGCCAUUUGCGAGGUGCAGCAGAAGACGGGCUUCAAGAACCUGCUCCUGGAGCGCAAGCUGCAAGGUCUCCUCGACGUCCUGGAGAAAAAGGAGGUGGAGCUCAGCGAGAUCUUCGCAGCCUCCAACCUGGAGCCGGGUGCCCUCUCCUUGGUCUCGCACAAGCUGGAGGUACUGUGCGCUGUCGGGGGCCCUGGGGGCACCAUCCAGGACCUGCAGCUCCAGCUGGCCCGAGUCUGCAAGGCACACGAUGACAUGCUGCAGACGUUGGAGGCAAAGCUGACGGCUUUUGGCAUCCCCCUGGACAACCUGGGCUUCAAGCCCCUGGCGAGCCCCGGGCUGGGGCAGGGCCCCGCCGGACUCGUUGCUGUGCCCACCUGA